AUGCACGACAGGCCUCCAGAGCUCCACGUAUCGGCGCUCUCACCGACAGAGUUCCGCGCGUACACGCGAUACCUGGACCUCUUGGCCCUCGCGCAGGCCCGCGAGGGUGACGGUGGCCUUGAUGCCGACGGUAGCGUCCGUUUUGAUCGCGACAUUGUGCGCGACUUUGCCGUCGAGCGCCUCGAUGUGCCCAGCGCGGUCGUCAAUGACGUCCUCGAGCUCGUUCCCGGAGAUGGGAGACUUGCUGCCAACCAGGUUUACGCCGUCCUCCGCCUCCUCGCGCAUGUCGCGCCUGUCAACCCACGCUCACCGCGCUCACCACGCACGCCGCGUCCUCCCCCAAGGCGCUGGACGUCGACCUCGUCUUUGUGCCUACAAAGUCUGGCGGCUGCAGCAGCAAGCGAGGGGGUCCGGUCGCGCAGGGAAGACUCCGUGCUCGAGGUCAUCCGCAGCUCGUCGGCUGCUGUUCACGGCAACCCGGCUUCAGGAGCCUCGGCGCCACCGCCGCCGGGCCGACGCGAUAUCAUCGAAACUGUGACCCGUGCUGUACGCGAGUCUGAAGUCGACUGUCUGCCCCCACCACAGCGUGUCCCAUCCGGUACGCGUCCCAAGACAAUGCCCUCCACCAGCCCCAGCAGCUCGGGUGCCUUCAACAUGUCGGCCGACCAGUAUCGCCAAAAGCAUCCUGGACUCAAGACAUGGUCCACCGUUGGACUGCUGAGCGACAAGCCUCUCCGUUCCAGCUUUGCCCUCAUCAUCCUCAACGUUUCCAUUCCCCGCAAGGACGCCCUGCUCCGCGCUUGGGCGUCGAGUACACUGCGGUUCUGUGCCGAUGGCGGAGCUAACCGGCUCUACGACGCCCUCGACCCCGACGAGCGCGCGUCCAUGUUGCCAACCAUGAUCAAGGGCGACCUCGAUAGCCUUCGGCCUGAUGUGCGUGCGUACUACACGGCCCGUGGUGUCGCCAUCAAGCGCGACCCAAGCGAAUACGCCACCGACCUCAUGAAGUGCAUGGAGGAGGUGGAGAGCAUCGAAUCGGCUUCUGGCAAGCACUUUUCGCUCCUCUUCUUUGGCGGCCUGAGCGGUCGCCUUGACCAGACCGUGCAUACCAUGUCGAUCCUGUUCAAGCUUCGCAGUACGCGCAGGGACACGUUUGUGAUCAGCGACGACUCGCUCGCUUGGGUUCUCGACACUGGCGUGCACCUCAUCGAAGUCGACCACGCUACCAUGGGCCAGACGUGCGGCAUUCUCCCCGUCGGCGUAAACGAAGCGUUCGUCCGCACCGAGGGUCUCAAGUGGAACCUGGACUGGGUCACCUCUCUCGGCGGUGACCUGAGUACUUCCAACCAUCUCCUCCCGUCUGAACCGGCCGUCCUGCUCGAGACCACGGCGCCAGUGUUCUGGACCGUCGAGAUCUCUGCGCCUCUCUCCCUCCCAAACAUGCGCUCUCCGCUCUCGCCCGCCGACGAGAUUUCUCGCGGCGUCAAGGAGCUUGGAGUUGGGUUUGUCCGCGCGGCUGGCAACGUCGGUAGGCGGUUGAGCAGGCAAGGUGUGCCGCAAAGUCUGUCGUCGACUGCCAACGGCGACAGGGCCGUUUCGGAUUCAUACUGGGAGCAGCACCGCGAGCAGCGUGAGCAGCGCGCCCAGGUCGGGGAUCAUGAGUGGUCACGGGAAAGGGAGCGCCGCGAGCGUGUGGCCUUGGUUAGUACCGACCACGACAGCGACUACGGUAACGGGCACGGGCACGGAGGCAGGGAUACCGAGCCCGAUGGGUAUGCUCUGCUGGAUUAG